AAUGCCCGGCCUGGGGUUCAGAGGGGACACGGCUUGGCCACAGACGCGGAGUUGCACGUACCCUGCCUUUGCAGUCCCCAGCCCACUCGCUGCUAACUCUCCUCCGCGGGCCCCUUCCAGUCGCGCGUCAGCCCUCCGCGGCCUAGGCCGAAUUCCCCCCACGUCACACAGAAGAAAGGGGUGGUGUCUGCAGUGGAGGCGGGCCCCCUGCGGGAGCGGAGCAUGCCUGUGGGAGGAGGUCGCGUCUGCCUGUCCCGGAGCAGCGCGGGACUGGGAACCAUCGGUCCCGUCGAGGCAGCCAUUCGCACAAAGUUGGAGCAGGCCUUGAACCCCGAGGUGUUGGAGCUGCGCAACGAGAGCGACGCCCAUGCGGUCCCACCAGGCAGCGAGACGCAUUUCCGCGUGGCGGUGGUGAGCUCUCGCUUUGAAGGACUGAGCCCCUUACAACGGCACCGGCUGGUCCACGCCGCCCUGUCUGAGGAGCUGGCUGGGCCGGUGCACGCACUGGCCAUACAGACACGGACCCCCGCCCAGUGGAAGGAAAAUCCUCAACUAGACAUCAGCCCCCCUUGCCUGGGUGGGAACAAGAAAACUCGGGGAACCCCCUGAGCCCCAAAGGAGGGAAGGCCAGGAUUCUAAUGGUUUGUCUGGGAAUAAACUAUGGGCUUUCUGCCAA